AGCAUCGAAAAAGAUAAUAACAUGCACAUUAGGCAAUUGAUUUCUGACGACGAUCACACCGAACAAUGUGUGGUAUAUUUGGGAUUGUUGCCGCUGGAAAUUAUGAGCAUUUGAAUGUUCUUGCUGCAAAUGGAUUGGCUGCUCUUCAACACAGAGGAACUGAAUCAACAGGACUCGUUGGUUCAGAUGGAAUCACUCGAGACCACGUGGAAAUUAUCAAAGGUCAUGGACUUGUCCGAGAUGUGAUUACUGAAGAUAAUAUCUCAAGAAUGAAUGGGCAAUCGAUAAUAAUUGGUCAUAAUAGGUAUUCAACUGCAGGAAAGAAGAAGUCUGGAAUCAAUUGUGUACAACCAUUUGUGGUAUAUACUGCAAUGGGUACUGUAGCAAUUGCUCAUAAUGGAGAAUUGGUUGAUGCGAAACAAAAAAGAAAGGAAGUACUUCAUGAAGGUGUUGGUUUAUCAACUGACACUGACUCAGAGCUUAUUGCUCAAAUGAUUGCAAAAGCGAUUGCUCUGAAUGUAAAAUGCAAGUAUGGACAAGAGAUGGGUGAUAUUACAAGAGAGCUCGCAGUAACAAUGUCUGCACUAAACAUGUCAUAUUCUCUACUAGUAAUGACAUUUGAUAGACUAUACGCAAUUCGUGAUCCAUUUGGAAAUCGUCCACUUUGUGUUGGUACUGUAUAUUCUAAAAAUGGAAAUCCAGAAGCAUUCAUUGCAUCUUCUGAAUCUUGUGCAUUUCCUGCAAAUGCUAAAUUAGAUUUCGAAGUGAGACCAGGAGAAAUUGUGGAAUUAUCGACAGGAGGAAUCAAGUCGGUGUGGCAGAUGAAACCGAAUACUCCUCUGGCUAUGUGCAUAUUCGAAUAUGUCUAUUUUGCACGAAAUGAUUCAGAAAUUGAAGGACAACAAGUACAAACUGUUCGUGAAGAAUGUGGAAAAACGAUGGCUCUUGAAGAUGAUCUAGAAGCAGAUAUUGUUGGAAAUGUUCCAGAUUCUUCGCUGAGUGCAGCAAUUGGAUACGCUUCUCAGUCUGGAAUCACAUAUGAACCUGUUUUACACAGAAAUUCAUAUGUUGGAAGAUCAUUUAUAGAACCAAAUGAUGAGAUGAGACAAAAUGCGAUUAAAAUGAAAUUUGGAGUAUUGAAGAAAAAGAUUCAUGGACAAAGGAUUGUGUUAGUAGAUGAUUCAAUUGUACGUGGAAAUACGAUGAGAACUUUGGUAAAAAUGUUAAGAGAUGCUGGAGCAAAAGAGGUUCAUCUACGAAUUGCUUCCCCGCCUGUAAAAUUCCCAUGUUUUAUGGGAAUCAACAUUCCAACCACAAAGGAAUUGAUUGCUGCCGAAAAAACAAUUCCAGAAAUCUGCCAAUUUGUUGGAGCCGAUUCAGUACGGUAUCUUUCGGUUGACGGUUUAGUUUCGUCUGUUCAAAAAGGAAUCGAACGAGCUGCCAACUUCUCUCCAGGACAUUGCACCGCAUGUCUCACUGGAAAAUAUCCAGUUGCUAUCGAUUUAUAAUUAGUGUUUGAAAAGUUUGAAUAGAUUAUUUGUAUUCAUGAAAAACAAAAUCAAUUCAAUUAAAAAUCAACAAUGAAUGUGUAUAAAAAUAA